CCGGAUUUGUCGACUGCAUGACUUACAGUUUCUCCUGAUUCACCUGAGCUGUGGAUCUCUGCAGCUCCUCCAGAGUGACCAUGGGCCUCUUGGCUCAACUUGCUGGAUCUGUCAGUUUGGGUGGAUGGUUGGUUCAUGUCUUGGUCCAGUGGGCUGCUUUGAUGUGACUGGCUAUCCAGGAGGCAGUGUACUGAUGUACUGUGAAGACAAACAGUAUGGACUGUCUGAUAAAUACUUUUGCAAGGUGAUGCCAAACAAGUGUAUCAAUGUACAAACACAGAACACAUGGGUUCAUGAAGGCCGAUUCUCUUUAUAUGACUCUGGACAUCUCACAGUGAUCUACAGAGAUCUGAGUGUAGGAGAUGCUGGAAUAUAUCGGUGUGGAGAGACUGGAGUGUGGAACAACACUGUGAAACUGAGAGUGGAAACAGAUCCAUGUUGUUUGAGGUCGAAGACCAUUACUGGUCGUCUAGGAGAGACAAUCACCAUCGACUGUUCCUAUCCAGAGGAGUUUGAGGGAGAUAUCAAGUACUUCUACAAGCAGAUCGGUCAACAUUUUCCUGUCAUGAUCAGCACCUUUCAGACUGAGAGAGACAGAUUCUCCAUCUCUGAGUACAGAAGAUCUAGAGUUUUCAGUGUGAGAAUCAGUGAUGUGAGAGAAGAUGAUGUAGGAGUUUAUUACUGUGGAGCUGGGAUUCGAGAGCGGUCAUUCAGCUAUUACACCCUCUUCACCAAAAAUCAUCUUAUUACUGCAUCUCUGAAGAAGAACCGUCCAUUAAGGACUCCAUUAAGUUAUUACCCAAAACCUCCUCUUUCUAUAUUUUAUAUUUAUGUUAUAUGUGUACAGGCAGAACUUCAGAGCUUUAAACUCCAUACCUGGUUACUGGUUCAAAUUCAUCAUGCUCUGCUUUUUCUAGCUCCAGGUUUCGCUAUCAUCACCAUCAUUAUCAUCAUCACUGUGAGUAUCUGUGUGGUUCUGCUGCUGACUGGAGGAUUAACACUGAUCUUCUACAAACUGAGAUGCUCCAAGACUCAAGAUUCACCCAUCACCAAUAGACGAUCACGAAAAAAUGAUAUAAUUCAUGAAAAUGAUCCAGCAGAAUAUCAGAACAUCAGGAUGGGUCAAGACUACCAGAACAUUGGAACCAACUCCAAACAGGCAGAUUCCAUUUAUCAGAGUCUAAAUCCCAACACCAACCAAUCAGAUUCAGUCUACCAGAGCCUAAACCCCAACACCACCCAAACAGAUUCAGUCUACCAGAGUCUAAACCCCAACACCAUUCAAUCAGAUUCAGUCUACUGGACUCUAAACCCCAACACCAACCAAUCAGAUUCAGUCUUCCAGAGCCUAAACCCCAACACCAUCCAAUCAAAUUCAGUCUACCAGAGCCUAAACCCCAACACCAUCCAAUCGAAUUCAGUCUACCAGAGCCUAAACCCCAACACCAUCCAAUCAAAUUCAGUCUACCAGAGUCUAAACCCCAACACCACCCAAUCAGAUUCAGUCUUCCAGAGCCUAAACCCCAACACCAUCCAAUCAAAUUCAGUCUACCAGAGCCUAAACCCCAACACCAUCCAAUCAGAUUCAGUCUACUGGACUCUAAACCCCAACACCACCCAAUCAGAUCCGGUCUUCCAGAGCCUAAACCCCAACACCAUCCAAUCAAAUUCAGUCUACCAGAGCCUAAACCCAAACACCAUCCAAUCAGAUUCAGUCUUCAAGAGCCAGAACCCCAACUGAGUUGUUAUUGCGCUUGUCUUUAGAUUAGAGUUGAUUGCUAGCUUCUGUUGUUUUUUUAUUUCUGCAUUAAUUAACACCAUUAAAAUGAGGUGUGGUCAGGUAAAUUUCUGGAGUAUUGCUAUCUUGUUAACAGAAAAUACAGAGGCUCCAUUGACUGUUGUUGCUAUAAUAACAACGGGAAAAGCACACCUUGCGCGGAUCAAAACUCAAGCCCAGUUCCCGUAAAUAAGCUGCCGAACAAUCAGCUCAGUUUCCUCUGCUGAGAAGCAUUGGACACGUCCAGGUAGCUGUGCCGUUAAAAUAGCAAUCCAUCAAAGUCAGAGCGCAGUUGACAUGCUCGUUGAUUUAUUUCAUGUUACGCCUGAAAUUUAGCACAAACAUGAUUAAAAAUACCUUCAGCAUCAUCGUCCAUACUGACUUCCUUUCAGUAAGAGUCAGUCAGAUCUGGAGAUCAAAAACUGCAAACUCCAGACUGUAAUUAGACUAAUUAUUACUGAAUAUUUUGAUUCUAAUAUGAAUAAUUAUUACUCCUCACAUGUAGAUAUAAGCGGAAAGCUUGGCUGAUACCUUGACAUCACAAAAAUACCGAAUGAGGGUUUGACCUUUGAAAGUUUUUUUGCAGAAUUGUUUUUAUUUAGAAUUUCCUUUUAGAGUUUUCCAACAUAAAUACAGUGUUUUAGUUCAUGCCACAGCAUAUUUAAGUUCUAAGGACUAGGCCACUUUUACUUUUACUUCAAAAACUCAUAAUUUAAGGACUUUGAAAUUGGAUACCAAGCUAAAAUACUUCAGAAACAUCUAAAGAGAUUUAAGGGUUACCACUUAAGGUGUUCUGAGGAACUGAAACAGUUAAGUGAAGAGGAAUGGUCCAAAAUUCCUCCUGACUGUUCUGCAGGUCUGAUCUGCAGCUACAGGAAAAGUAUGAGGUUUUUGCUGCUAAAGGAGAAUCAACCAGUUAAUACAUCCAAAGGUUCACAUACUUUUAUCCACUCACUGGAUGUUAAUAUGUUGUCUUCAAUAAAACCAUGCAAACAUAUAUUUUUUGUGUGGUAUUACUUUAAGCAGAUUGUGUUUGUCAAUAGUUGUGACCUAGAUGAAGAUCAAAACAUAUUUAAUGAUUAAUUUGUGCAGAAAUCAAAGUAAUUCCAAAAGGCUUCACAUACUUUUUCUUGCAACUGUAGUUAGUAUUUCAACGUGCUUCGGUGUAACUCAGUGCAGAAAGAUAACUGAGUUAAAAAAGUCCGUCUUAAUUUAAACAGUCAGGGACUUUCAACAUGUGUAAAAAUAUAGUCAGCAAUGACCUGACAGAAAAUAUUACACAAUAUUGUGUGUUUAAUCUGAUUUUUGAUCAAUGAUGCUGGAGGGAGGAGCCAAGUUUUGACACUUUAGACUCUUCCAGAGAAACCAGCAAAGAAACCAACCAAACCAGACAGAAGAGACGACGGAGACACACACACUUAUACACACUUUAGGAAGAUCUGACUGAACUCUGAUAGAUAAGAUAGUGGAGUGGACUCUCAGUUUAAUUCAGGAUGAAGAUCCUCCUCGUCUUCACCCUCUACCUGAUCUCAGGUCCAGUGGGCUGCUUUGAUAUGAUUGGCUAUGCAGGAGGCAUGGUUACAAUCUAUUGUCAUCAUAAACAGUACAAAGGAUCUAAAACAUAUUUUUGUAAAGAGAAAACAGAGCAGUGCAUUUAUGUAAAAACACAGAACUCAUGAAUUCAUAAAGACAGAUUUUCUCUUCUGGAAUAUCCGGGAAGUCUUGAAGUGUUCUACAGAGAUCUGAGUUUAGAAGAUGCUGGAUUAUAUCAGUGUGGAGAGGCUGGAAGGUGGAGCCACACUGUGAAUCUGAGAGUGA